AUGCAGCCCGGCUACCGCCCCUUCCCGCCGCAGCAGAUGGUGCCGCAGCGCACCCCCCAUUCGGGUGGCCAACGCCGGGGAGGCAUUGGGCCCAUGAUGUCUUCCGGUCCGCACCCCCAGGUUCCUCUGACCCAGGCUCAGAUCGCACAGCAACAGCAACAAGCCGCCAUGCAAGUCGAGAUGGCCAAGCGCCGGAGUAAGAAGCCGACGGACAAGAACCUCCCCGAGGGCAUCGAUGAGUGUGUGAUUGGCGACAUGGCCCAGAGAUACCGCGAUCUCCGCGACUUUGAGAGGAGGCUCGACGCGACCAUGACGAGGAAGCGCCUAGACAUAGUAGACUCGGUCAAUCGCAGUGUCAAGCGGUGGAAGACGCUUCGAAUCUGGAUAACCAACACGGCCGAGGAUCAGGUCUGGCAAGGCAAUGCUCUCAAUGCCGACACCUUCGACUUCAGCUCGAAUCUCGAACCCACAUACCGCGUCAAGAUUGAGGGCCGACUCCUAGAUGACGAUGACGAUCUCGAUGACGAUAGCGAAGAGAGCAAGGAGAAGUCUGACGACCCUGACCGAAUGGACGAAGACGGCGCAUCCGACUCCAAGUCCAAGCCUACCAAAAACCCCAGAUACAGAUUUUCGCAUUUCUUCAAGGCUCUGCACGUCGACUUCCCCGCCAAUAGGAAAGGCGGUGACCAGGGCGUUGAAUGGAAGAAGCCCGAGCGAAGCGGCGCCGGGACUAACUUGCCCGCUGCGGCCGACUUCGACGAGUUGACGUUCAAGCGCAGUGGUGACGAGAAUCUGAACAUUACCAUCAACCUCGUCCGGCACGAGGAGCAUGAGCGUUACGCGGUCAGCCAAGAGCUUGAAGACAUCAUCGAUAUGCCCGAAGCCACCCGACAGGAGAUUGUGAUGGGGAUCUGGGAGUAUAUCAAGUUGAUGGGACUGUCCGAGGAUGAAGAGAAGCGUAAUUUUCGAUGUGAUGAUCUGCUGAGAACUGCCUUCAAGAUGGAAACGGGUGCCAUUCCCAAACUACAUGAAUACAUCACGCCCCACCUGAGCCCGCUCCCGGCAGUCCAGCUCCCGUAUACUAUCCGCUUGGACGAAGAGUUCCAAAAGGAUCCCCAGGCUACUGUCUACGAUGUUCGUGUCGCUGUUGAUGACGCGUUACGGGAGAAGAUGACUUCAUUCCUGAACAAUGCUGGCUAUGCCAAAAUGCUCAAGGAAGUUGCAGCUCUGGACGACCAACUGGCCACUGUCAUUAACGCGAUUCAUGUAUCCAAAGCCAAGCACGCAUUCCUGACAUCUACAGCGAAGGAUCCCGCUACCUUUGUGAAGAACUGGCUCAGCUCUCAGAAAAGGGACCUGGAGGUGGUGAUGGGAGAAGCGAUGAGGGGCGGCGACGACACAACCGGCGACGAGUGGAGAAAGGGAGGCAGAGAUAGUGUCUGGUCUACCGUCAACGCUCGCGAAAGUGUCAACGUCUUCCUCUCGAAGAACCCUGCCCAGCCACGAUGA